UAUUUUUGGAAUUUAAAAAUUUCUAAUUAGGUAUGAUUUUAAGAUGAUACUAAGUACUUUUUACAACAAAAUUACAUGUUAUAAUAAAAUUUUAAGGUGCGCCUUAAUUGGAUUGUUUAAGGUUGUAACCUUAUAGAAACCGCACCCUCUACCUAAUUCUAUCUCCUUUAAUAAAAAUCACUAGGAAACCGUUCAAAUUGUGUAGCAAUCCGUGGUUAACUUCCAAUGACAAGAAAAUGGGAGGGAAAAAGUUUCGUGCCAGAUUUUGGCGUCAAAACACAAUUCAAACCCGAAACCCUAAAUUAAUAGUUAAUAAAGUAAUAUUGUGAAAGAAAAACAGUUUUUUUGGCGCCUCCUGCAAUGCUCCCGCCCAUCUUUGAGCUCUCCCGCCUUUUUGGCAGCGAGUUAAUAAUAGUAAUAACAUGACUGAAAAAUGGCGCCAAUUGCUCCCGCCAAAUUCAUCUAUCUCCUUUGCACUCUUGUCUAGAGAUAUAUAUAAAACCCUUAGUUGGCAAGGACCAGAGGCCAAGAUCUCUCUUUCUUUCUCGUGUUGUUGCGGAGUGGAGGUACGAUAAGCUCAGGAGAAGGAAAUGGUGGUACGUGUUGGGCCAAGCAAAUUCUAUGGCAGUGGGCUUCCUAGGCCACGGAUCUACAACAACAUAGAGGGUAAUGAGAGGGUUGAUCCCCCAUUACCAGUCAUGGCUCCUCUUCUCCAAUGGGCAAAUGAAGCCCACUGGUCAAGGGGGGGCCUCAGUUUCAAGCGUCGUUCAAGAAUGCAGGGCAAGCUUGAGGGCAAUAUAAGGAAGCUCAGAGCUCAAAUAGAUGAUGAUGAUGACGACGAUGUUGUCGUGACGAUGAUGAUGAAGAGAAAGGAGAAAAAAGAAGUCCAAGAAAAGGGUGUCUCUCCUACUGAGACUGCUGCAAAGAAUGCCCUUCCUGAAGAAGAAGCCCCUUCUCCUGGGACUUACAAUCGUUCAAAGCGAGUGAGGAAGAGGCUACUCGAGGAUGGUGAUGAUGAUCAUGAGUUCAAGAGCACUCAGAGGGAUACUCUGCCAGUACAAAGGUCCUCAAGAAAGGUGAGAUCUGAAUUGAUGGUGGAAGCUGAGGAGCUGGGACCAACAGCUAUGGAUGAAGAUGCCAACCUUAACAAGGCUGCCCCUAGUAGUACUAGGGGCAAAACAAAGAAACUGUUUGAGGUGGAGGAGGAAGAGGGGAAGAGCAAGAAGAGGCGGUCUAAACAGCGCUCCUCAAAGUGAGAUGCAUCGACAGCAGUGGUCAUUUUAAUUCCUCUUGGCCACAUGUUCGUGGCCUUCCAUCCUGUCUAUAUUAUGAUACUGUCGUUUUUCUUUUCUGUUAUCUUCAUUUUGGAGAAAUCGUAAUGUGAAUCCCUUCUUAAAUUAUGAUACUGUCGCGCCUUCCAUCCUGUCUAUAUUAUGAUACUGUCGUUUUUCUUUUCUGUUAUCUUCAUUUUGGAGAAAUCGUAAUAUGAAUCCCUUCUUAAAUUAUGAUACUGUCGCGCCUUCCAUCCUGUCUAUAUUAUGAUACUGUCGUUUUUCUUU